AGAAAACACCAAAUGUAGGUUAUAGUAGAAAGAAGCAAUCGAAACCGCUAAAAAAAACUAUCCGUUUGACCGUUUCCUAUCUAUAACUGAGGAAGAAGUUUUACAUUAGUUGUUCUAAAAUGUCGGCGACAUUUCGACUUUCAGAUGACAAAUUUCCAAGAAAAUAAAAAUUUGACCAAUACGAUCGAAUCUAUGGGCUUGCGACUCUCCCCAAAUUGGUGACAUUACAAGGAAGCAUCGAAAAGCUGACAAACUGAUUAUAUUCUUUCCGGCUUAGGACUGGUUGCAGAUCGCUGUGAGAAUGUGCCUCAAAUGUGCUUGUUGAGUUAUAGGAACAAGUAAAUGACAAUCAAUAGAAAGAUUUGCUGUCUAAGAAAGUCUAAUCUCCGGAUCCCGCGAUGACCAUUAUAUGUUUGUAUGUUCAGUUUAGUAAAGCAUGCAGUGUUUUUCUCCGGUCACGAUUCAGUGGCCUGGAUGUCACGACCAGAGCAUUCCUCAGCAAAACUGAUUUCCCGGAAAUUGAUAGAUAGAAUGUUCAAUUUCGAUUCGAUGGAAAUCUAUAGAAAGGCCAUAUCCCGAACCAAUUACGAGCAAGAAUGUAGAUAUAGCUAGAUGCAAACAAGGGAGUGGUGUGUUGAAAACUUAAAGUAUGAUAGUAAACUUAUAUGCUAAAAAAGAGUUUAAGUAUGACAUAGUAUGGAGACUCAUGUCUAGGUAUAGAAUUCCGCGGUCAGAACAAGGGGAAUUACAAAACAGGCUAAUCGGAUCGAUGGCUACAAAAAUAAAAACAGCAACAACAACAGCAAAAAUCAAAUUACAAUAUUUAGAGAGAAAGCCACAUCAGCCUUAGCUGGUUUACAUGCGGAUUUUCCAUCAUGGUCGAAUUGGAAUUUGGAGAUGUUGCUACGCUAAUAUAUAUACGCAUGCUAUCUCUUUUCCCACAGACUUCAAUUCUUCAAUUCAAUUCUGACUUGUUUUCGGUUUUAAGACUCAAUAACAGCGCGUACAAAGAGAUUUAUCAUUGUUUAGUCAGUCCUAUUGUCAGGAGGCCCGGGACAGGAGGUAAUCUAAAUUAUGAGGAGAAAUAGACUAGAGUUUCCUGUCUGUGAGAGGACUUAACAAUAUUUGUUUUCCCGAAAUGGUCUGACUCAUAAUUUGAAAAUGCUUCAGCAAAUUUUUGAGAUGUUUGUGCGUGGUAAAAAAGUGAGCGUGUACUUUUAUAACGUUCGUCUUUGCCUGAUCUGUCCACAGGAGAAAAUUUCCCUCAUUCUGGCCUUCACUGCCUUUUUAACUUCACUGCAACUUUUUAACUUAACUUAAUGUUUUUUUGUUUUUUUUUGGAGGGGGGGGGGAUAUUAAAGUGAACUAAGGGAAACGUGUAAUGGGCGCCUGGUCCUGCUUAUGUGAGGAAUUCUGUUCAAACAUUAGAGUUUCAACCAGUUUGUCUAAAAUCCGAUUUCAUCGGUAUAGAUUUUUAUAUAAAAACGUGGGACGGGGCAGAGUGCUAAAAAAGGGGGGGGGGGGGCAUUAACUGCGUUGAGUUAUGGCAUUCCCUAAUUCCUCGCAAAGCUUCUUUGCAUGACUUGCGGACCUAGAUGCGGACCUAUGUCGUUAUGUGAAGGGGAUACUGGGCUCAAGAAAACAUCGAGAAGUUCAAGGUAGCGUUCAGUGUAGUUCACGGUUCAUGACGGAACAGUUUUAUCGUUCCAAAAACAGCUGGAUUAGUGGACUCUUUUAUCCCUGCUUCGAUUUGGAAUUGGCCAUUGUUUAUUCCAUUCAUCGCUAAACAAUGCUCUGUGAGAAAAUGAACUAUCAGAGUAAUUGCAAUAUAAUAAGAUUGCGUUUACAAAGGCGACCAAUUGUUCUCAUGCACUUAUGAUGCAGAAAGCUUGUAUUGGGCAUGUUUAUAUUAUGCUAAAGAGCUCAGGUGAGGUGUUUCCUGUGGCACAAGGAAAGUUAUAUCAAGGGAAAGAGAUCAGGAUCACACAAAGCAUGAAUAUCCACACUGGUAACAGGACAGCUUCUUUGAAACUUGGAGGGACCGAAUCCAAGUGUGCAAGAUGUGGAAAAACUGUAUACUUUGCUGAACAAGUAUUUGGCGCUGGGAAGAAAUGGCACAAACACUGUUUCAAAUGUGCAGCUUGUAACAAAACUGUCAACAGUUCUACCAUGCGAGACAAGGAUGGUGAGCUGUAUUGUGGCAGUUGUCACACCAGGUUAUUUGGUACAAAGGGUUAUGGCUAUGGUGUUGGUAGUGGUGUACUAAGCACAGACACUGGGACGGCAGGAGAAGCUGUUUCUACAGCUCCAAAAACUGCUCCUGUAAACACUGGUGGGUCAGGCACAGGAAAGAGUUGUCCACGUUGUAAUCGAGUGGUGUAUGAUGCAGAGAAGAUUCGGGCAGUUGGAAAGGUUUUUCACAAGCAAUGCUUUAAAUGCCUGACUUGUAGCAAGGGUCUUACUGCAACAACAAUGCGAGACCAUGAUGGAGAAAUCUAUUGUCGAGCGUGUUAUGAGAAAAACUUUGCUCCUAAAGGGUUUGGAUUUGGCCAGGCCCUGUCCAGGACAUGAGAGUUACACCAAACUAGUACACACCUCUGAAGAAAAAAAAAACAGGAACAACAACAGAUGCAGAGCAAACCAACAAUCUGUUCUCCCUGUGAUUGGCAUUGUGAAAUAUUUAUUUAAAUUAGCAUCAAGAAGUGUGCAUUGCCUUGAUGUAGUUCUUAAUUCUCAGAACUUAUACGAAACCAAAUGUAUAGAAAUCAGGAAGACAAAUUGAUUGUUUGAUCUUGGAAGUGAAAUGGUUGAUAGAAAUAGUACUGUUAGAAGAAUCGAAAGUUUUACCAAAACCACACUUUUCUACAGAUUAGACUUUCAUUUAACUUGCAGAAAUUAUUUUAUUAGAAAUACAUGAUUCAAUAAAAUGCUAUAUUUUACAGUUUUGUA